AUGGAAAAAAAAGAGGAAAAAAAGCUCCCACAGCGGACAUUGGCAUGCUCCCGGCAAGCCCGCGAUGCAAAAUCUCGACAACUUACUUGCAGUCUCAUCGUCGGGUCUUACAUCUUUCCAAAAGUUGCCGGGGCCGCAGUCACGACUAUCACGAAUCCCCAAAAUCUGACUUCUUUGUUUAUUACCCACGACUUCGGUUUAUAUCCUUGGUCCUUUUGUUUUAUGCUUGGCAUUUGUGUCUCGCGGUGA